CUUAUCUCAUUGCAAGUUUGCAACGACAUGGAAAAUCCAUCAUCUUUGUUAGUUUCAUGUCCUGGCGGAUCCGAAAUCCGUAGCGACCAACAGACUCGCAUUGCAUGUUUUGAGGCGCUGGUGCCAACACAUGGUUGUCGCGGCGACACGGGCGUCCCGGACUCCAUUGCCGCGCCGCGCCGUGCCGAAACGAAACCCAUCUGGACUCCCAUCCAUCCCGGCCUUGCUAAACCUUAUACGAAACAAACAAAGAAAGAAAAAAAAAGCAAGUCGCCCAAGGCGGCCGGGAGCGGAGGCGGUUACGAGGAGCCGGCUGCCGGUGGGAGGAUGGCCGACCACCUGCCCGACGACCUCCUGGCGGACGUGCUAGUCCGGCUGGCGCCGCGCGGGCUCGCCACGUCCCGCGGCGUCUGCCGGUCCUGGCGCGCCGUCGUCGACGCCCGCCGCCUGCUGCGCGCGGACCUCCUCCCGCUCUCGCUCGAGGGCCUCCUCCUCGAGGUCGACGCCUGGGCCCUGGCCCUCUUCUCCCGGCCGUCGACGGGCCCGGCGACCUGCGACGGCCUCGUCGGCUUCCUCGGCGCCGACGGCACGAGGCAGCUCGACACCUACAUGCGCGGCCACUGCAACGGCCUGCUCCUGCUCCAGGAGCUCGUGAUCAACCCCGCCACCGGGCAGUGGGCGCGCCUGCCCGGGCCUCCGCCACCGCCACUACCGGGCUUCGGAUCCUUACUCACUGCUGAAGCGAUCAGAAUGGCAGCCCUCGCCAUUGGUCCUGCCCGUCUUCUCGUCGAGGACGGGACAGUGGGAGGAGAGGACCUUGGUGCCGGAAGGACAUGGUCCCUGCUGCCACCAUGCAGGAGCUACCGUGACCGCGGCGACGGGCCAUGGCUCCUACGGUACCUCGGCGAAGAUGACGACGACGACGAAGGGCAGUUCGAGUGGAGCUCUGACAUCGAGGACGUUGCUGAGCCUGAGGACGGGGCUGGCGGCUGCAAUGGAGAUGACGAUGACACCGAUGAGUGGGCUAGAAACUUGGAAUACAUUGAUUUCCUCGGAUUCCAUCCUUUCAAGGAGGUUGUCUUCUUGCGUCAGUCAGGCGAAAGAGGGAUCGCCUAUCAUUUGGAUCGCUCAAAGAUUCAAGACAUGGGCACCUUGGACCUUCGUCGCACGACUGAAUUUAUAGAAAUGGCUUUUCCCUACACACCAUGUCGGAUGGGAGUGUUUCCUGAGAACAAUUAACUUAGAAGUACCAAGAGCAUGGAUCUGGGUACAAGACAAGUUUGUCCUGAUUGAAGACUCCUUGCUUCUUAAUUGCAAGAAAGACAAAAGCAGUUGCAAUUCUGUUAUUUUGUGGCCCAUUUCUGCUCCUCUCCCGUAAUUUAAGUUCACUGUGAGGAAUGCUAAUGUCAUACCACGAUAAUUUUUCUUUCUUCACUUUGACGAAUGAUAAAAACACUGCGAGUCAAGUCCCAGGCACACGUGGCUCAUCAAGUUCAUGGGAGAGAACCCAGAACAGAGGUCCUGGAGAAGCGACGCGGUAUGGUCUCAACUCCGUUUGCGGCAGGAAGAGCAUUUGGAGAUCAACAAGAGGUCGAACGGCGGCACGUCGCAUCUCAGACGGUCAGGCGUGAACAGCAUGCCUUACACCAAUAAGGUAUAGUAAGCUAAAGAAUCAGU